UCAACCAUGGAGAGGGGGAAUCCCCCCCCACGCCAAAAGUCGUGCGACGCCUGUAUCAAGGCUAAACGGCGCUGCACCUUGGAGUUCCCGUCUUGUCAGAGAUGCGCCCAGCGGAAGCUGGCGUGCAAGUACAAGCGGCGAGUGCCAACUCCUGCUGCCUCAAGCCCCGCCACUUCCGGCCUAGCCAGUGCUGCGCUCCCAGCUCAGACGCCCCCAUUGCUCGAUUUUGAAUUUGAAUACAACGGAGAUGCGCUAGCCGACAACGUCGCAAUGCCCGAUCUUGAAGAGUUCCACAACGCUGCUAGCUCGUUUGGGCCGCUCGGUCUCAAGCCGACCGAGCAAACGGCCUUGGCUUUCCCUGUCAACAACAAGCUGUACGAAGAGGCCGUCUCGGUCGCCAUCUCGACCCGACUCCGAUUCGCCAUCGACCACAUACGUGCGGCGCCCCGGCAGAUGGUCGUCGAGAACCAAACCCCAUGGUGCCACCACAGUCUUUACGAGCAUCGCAUGCCAGCCUCUAUGGAGGAUGCAUACGCCUGCUGCGCUCUGUUCAUGGCCAAGAACGAGGUCAACGAAGAUGUCAUCUUCCGCCAUAUUGAAGGUCGGGUACAGCAACUCGUCUCUUCCCCCAUGCCCGAAGACAAGCUCGACAUCUUGGCCAGGACACAUGCCUUGCUCCUGUAUCAGAUCAUGCGCCUCCUCGAGGGUGGCUUGAGGGCACGCUCUGCCGAGUCGACCAUCCAGCCCCUCGAAGACGCUGCGUUUGCCAUGAUGUCGCACGUUUCUUUUGCCGAGGGCACCUUCGACGAACUAGGAGUCACCCUUGAGCCGGCGCCUAGAGCCGACAUGUUGCCAGCGCUCUAUCCCUUGAACAGCUUACGCGACUUUUGGCAGAAUUGGGUAUUUCAUGAGUCUGCGCGCCGGACCUUUCUCGCCACUUUCUUCUUUCUCCAAGCUUACCGUCUGCUCAAACGCGAGUUUCCGCUAUUUUGUGACGGCAAGAUUUUGCUCUGCCACUCUUUCACGGUGUCGGCGCAUCUGUGGAAAGCCCACGACCACUUUGAAUUCAAAAAUGCAUGGCAGAACAAGAAACAUUAUGUCGUCAAAAAUGCAAACUUCCGCGAUGUCAUCCGCGAAGCCGGGGCAGACGAUGUCGACCUGUUCGGUAAGAUGCUCAUAACAACCAUCUACGGCAUCGUCGAAACAAAGACGUGGCUGAUAGGGCUCGGUAGUGAUCUGUGA